AUGAGCCAUACGGCGGAUAUGAAGGAAGGGUGGAGGAGGCGCACAGCCCGCGGACCCCCACGAGACGGAGAAACUCCUGGCUCUGACCACCGAGCCCGGAGGCAACGGGAUGAAGAUGUCCACCUCCUUCACGGUCAACAUGGACAGCGACAAGGGCCUGGAGGCCGACCAGAACGGCCACAGCGUCGCCGUCAGGUCGGGCUCCGCCGGGCAGCUGACCGCCGCCGCCCCCCUCUCCCCAUCCAAGGCCAGCCUGAGCCGCUCCUCCACCGGGAACGCUACCGUCCAGGAGACCCCGAAGCCCAGGGAUUAACUCAUCCUCGUCAUCAUGUCCUGCUUCUGCCCCGUCUGGCCCGUCAGCAUUGUCGCACUGGUGUACUCCAUCAUGUCCAGAAACAGUCUCCAGGUGGGGGACAUCGACGGGGCCAGGAGGCUGGGUCGACUGGCACGUCUGCUCAGUAUCGUCGCCAUCGUCCUUGGCGUUGUCAUCAUCGUAGCCUAUGGCUCAUUUGCAGCUGUAAACCAUUGACAUGGAGGACCCGAGGGGAAGAAAUGAACCAUGAAAGCCGAACCACGGAUGCAACAAGGGGGGGAAAAGCUCAUUCCAAAACAAACAACAACAAAAAAAAAACAAGUAAUACAGUUCCUAACAUUAUGCCAUAUUGUAAUUACAUCAUGACCGACCUCAGACAGCAAAAAAAAAAUAGGCAACUCGAGAGAGUAAGCAAGUAAAUACAUUCAGAGAAAAAAUCAGAGAUGCAUGCAUUCAGUAACAUUUGCUUGACAAAAAUAACAAAGAACCUGAUGUAAACUUGUGCGGGUUAAAACAGAGGAAAAGAAAAUACAGAUUUGUAUGUGCCCAGAAGGACUCACAAAUGUUUCUUUAUGGAGUAAUGGACUUCUUAAAACGAAGAAAACAAUCUACAGAUGAGAGGAGAAUGAACGACAGACAUUUUCUGUGUCCGUGCUUCUUUGAAAAACAGACUUUGGGGUGGGCUUCAGACAGCUGCAUAUAAUCCGCGUAUAAACCUCUUGCAUUCACAGCAUAUACAGCUACAAAUAUAUUUGAAAUAUGGAUAUAUGACUAUAUAUAUAUAUAUACACAGAUGUACAUUUUAUAAACUGUUUGUAUGCCAAGUGGUGCUGGGUUUGUUAAGACUGUCACAACGGCUGCUUUGUCAGCACUUGGAUUAUCACUGGAAAUUCAAGGGUUUGUGAAAAAGGGGCAGGGACACAUUUUUAAUUUUUAUUAUUUAUUAUAAUUUUUUGAACUAAAAAAGAAAAUUGAGACCAACUGCAUGCGUGAAUGUAGAUAACCAAACUCCUGCCUUCGUUUUGACUGUUAUAAGUUGUCUCUUUUCUUAUUGAGGAGUGGAAGAGGCUAACAGGUUUGCACAUGGAGGAGUGAUUUGUGUAUGUCCACUGUAGAAUGUGUGAGGACUGGGACCUUAACCCGCAAACACAACCCCCCCCCCCCCCUUUAUAUCCCUGAAAUCUCUUGAACCUUGCCUUGCUGUGGCAGAGACUGAAAUGCAUGCCAAACUUCCCAGAUUCCUUCUUUUCCUUUUACAUCACUCCACAAACCUGAUUUAGCAGCCGCAGGCCAUCAUCUUGUCCCCCUAAACUCCAUUUUACACUCUACCUUUCUACAGCAUAGCGCCCCAUUUUCCAUUCUUACAUUGUUAUACAUCGAUUGUUAAAUGCCAUUGUUUCACUGAAUGUUUUUUUCUGCUCCUUGUAUUGGUAUGAAAUGUAUUUAUAUGGGAAAAUAUAUAUGCAAUAUGUACGCAUGCUAUGAGCCAAACAGGCUGACACUUAUUUAUGUUCUUUUGUAAAUGAACAGGCCGAUGAGUUUGACUGAAUAACGACAAAAAAAAGCAUUUAAAGAACCUUUCUUUGAACUCCGAGCACGACAGAUUGUCUGUAUUUGUCACUUUAUCAGAGAGAAAACACUGUGGCUACACAGGACUGUUGUAUUGACAAAUUACAGGCUUAUGCUACAAGCACAGGUAACAUCACUGUAAGACCAUGUCGCGUUAUUUUGAUCCACAGCUUUCCUUUGGGCAUUAAUGUUUUUUAUUUUUUAUAUCUUGUGCAGUUUAAAUCAGGAAUCAUUUGGACAACGUUGCUUUAAAGUGAUAAAAUGUUUGUUUAAAUGGCUCGUACAAGUGAAACGAGAAACACCAGCUAAUUUCAACUAAUGAGGGACAAAAUGUGUCAGACAGUUGAAGAGAUUCUACCAACUACCAACGUGUGCUGUAAACUAUCACUACUAAAAUGCACAAUGUUUUGUGUGAUCCAGGCUUUUAUCGGCUCCAUUCAAUUCAUAAUUGUACAUAAAAAUCUUUAUCCAAACAUCUGAACGCAGCAAAAUCCAAAGAUUCCCCAUUUUUACUACCAAACUAAAAAAAUGUCACAUCACACUGUUGCCAAAAUGGUAACACGUGUGUGUGUAAUUUCUGUCAAUCACACCGAAUGUAGUUCACCGCUCUAGUGUUUCUCUCUAACAUAAAAACUUUCCAUCACUGAAACUGGUGUCUAAGAGCCAACCGUCUAGCCUAUAAGCUCUGCUCUGUCAGUAAAACAGUUCAUUUCAUUCCAAUAUGUUACUGUGUUUCUUUGCCAGUGUACUGUACGUGCCAGUUUUCAUCUCUGUGGUGUACAUUUUGCAUGUCUGGAAUAAAUGUUACCAUGCAUGGUCCAA